CAAAACCCAAAACCUUCACUGAACUUUUCUCUCUCUCUUUCUUUCUUGGUUUCUAUUGAACAGUGACAUGAUUGAUUUUGAAAUGAUUACUGCAGAAAUUUGAAAUCGAGAUGCAAGCAGAACUGAAUCUUGAAACUCCAUCUGUUGGUUGCGAAAUCAUUCCAAUUGUUUCCCUCCAUUCUAAAGAAGGCAGCAAAGUCAUUCCUGACGACAAAUUGAAAUUCAACUGGUAUAGACUGCAGAACCAAGAGAGGCCCAUUUGUUGUGUGCACCCUACUCAAAUAGCUGCUUUCCAGUGCAGAGAUUGUUCAGUGUUAGAGAAACAUGUUAAAGAGAGUUUUCACUGCUCUUUGAAGUGUUACCAUGAUCAAUGGCUGAACCACCGCAAACAUCAUAUAGCUGCCCCGUCACAGACGACUGCAGAUGUUGUUGAUGAUGAGAGUUGCUGUGAUUGUUCCUAUUGUUCAGCUUUUGAUAAGGAUUCAUUGGUUAACAAGAAUGCAGAAAUAGUGCAUGGAUCAUGGGUUAAGGUGGGUUCUUCAAAGACCUACUUGCCCACAAUAAAGGAUUUUGGAUAUAGAUUAAAAUUAGAAGCUGUUGCAACAUUCUUUAGUGAGGGAAAACCUCGGGUGCAAACUGAAGUAAAGACAAAUCAUGUUAUCAUUCCGCCUCCUCGUCGCUGUAUGAUUCCAGUCACACCACUGGAUGGUUUUAGUAACUUUAAAUUGGAAUCAAAAAUUUGUUCUGCUAGGUCUUUUGGCGUGCUCUCAUACAAUAUCCUCGCUGAUCUGUGCGCUAAUCCUAGUAGAUACAGCUACUGUCCUGCUUCGACUCUUAAUUGGGAAUAUCGAAGCCAAAAUUUACUCCGUGAGAUUAUUAGAUAUGACGCAGAUGUCAUUUGUCUUCAGGAGGUACAACAUGAUCACUUUGAGGAGUUCUUUAUGCCCAAGCUUAAAGAAAUUGGCUAUUCUGGUAUACAUAAGUCGAAGACAUCUGCGCUGUUUACUUCUAAAUACGUAUUUGAAGGGUGUGCAACAUUUUUUCGCCUCAGUAAAUUCAGACUAAUUAAGAAAUAUGAGCUCGAGUUCAAAAAUACUGCACAAAAAAUAGCCUGGUCACUUGAUGCAGAAAAGCGCCGUAGUAUGAUGAAGGACAAUAUUGCACUUACAGUAAUAUUGGAGGCAAUUAAAGCUGAACCGGUUUCUGACACGUUAAAUCAUCGAAUUUGUGUGGCAAAUGUUCAUGUAUCUGCGGAUCCAGAGAAUACAGAUGUAAAACUAUGGCAGGUUGGAACCCUUAUUGAAGAUCUGGAGCGGAGUGUAGCUCAUUCAAAUAUUCCGGUUCUCAUUUGUGCAGAUCUUAACUCUCUCCCUAAAAGUGCUGCUCAUACUCUUGUGGUUAAUGGGUCGGUGGACCUUAAACAUGAAGAAUUGGUGAACACUCCUGAUGGAAUAAUUGAACAUCUCAAGCUUUCACAUAAAUUGCUACCUCUGGCUAGUGCAUAUUCAUCCUUUUCAAGAACUAAAAAAGGCGAUAUGAUGGAUUCUGAUACAAAGGAGCCUCGAUUCACCACUGCUACACUCUAUUUCCGUAAUACAAUAGAUUACAUUUUCUAUUCAGGGGUAUGUUGACAGUGAAAAGUCUAUUAGAACUGCUUGACGAGGAGUCUGCAAUCAAACAUACAGCUUUUCCUUCUCCGUUGUGGUCAUCAGAUCAUAUUGCAUUGAUGGCUGAAUUCUCAUGGAAGAGUCCAAGCUAAGAUGAAACUUACUCGUGGUGCCUCAAAUUUUGUUUUGCCAUUGUAUCUUUCUGUGUAUGGUAAACUUAGCAGUUGUAUUGACACGGAGUUCUGUACAAAAGAGGAACUAUUCUGAAAUUCAAAUGUAGAAUUGACAUCCGCUGUUGUUUACACCAGUGUUUGAGGAUGACAUUACCAAAGAUACUACAGUCAAAAGAGUGUAUGCCCCGUUCCAAAAAAAAAAAAAAGGAAAAGGAAAAGGAGGGGGGUUGCACAUAAAUAUAUACGGCCAAUUGAAGCACAUUUCAUUACUCAGUCGAAUAGUCUCAGGCUAUCAGUGCUCUCAUGAGCUAAAGAAUAAUUUGAGUGCAUUUGAUACGCAUUUCCUUUUCUUUCCUUAAAACUCCUCUUGUGCAACG